AUGAAGGGCUCUUUUAAACAGAAGGAAGCUCUAGCUGAGAUCUUUGCUUAGGUCAAAAAUGUAGAGGAGCAAAUUUUUGGCGUCAUAUUAGAAAUAUUAAGAAAGUAAAAAGUGUAAGACUGCAUUGGAUUUCUAUCAGAAAUUGGGAAUCAAAGUCAAUUAGAAUUAUAAAUUUUACUACAAGGAGAGAAUUUAAAACAAUGGGAUAAGGAAUAAAAACUGUCUGUUAUUGGAAAUGACAUUAAAUAAAUUACAGAUGUCUUAAAAAAAUUACAAGAUCAUGACUUUAAUUACAAAGACUUUUCCUCUGAAGAAAAUGAAGAAUCUACAUUAAGCCUUGUUAACAGCAUCAAGGAUAAUAGAAGAAUAAUUUAAUUUCUGUAAUUUCUAGUUCAUCUUACAUCCAUUGAUGAAACUCUAAUAUAGGGUGGGUCUAAUUCAUUACAUUUAUUAGUUUAGAUGAAGGUAGACCUUAGAAUCCAAAAUUUUGAAAACAUAAAAAUUUAAAAUAGUUCUUUAAUGGGAGCUAAUUUUGUUAGGUGCAAUUUAAGUGGUUCUUAAUUUAAUAAUAUCAACAUAUGUGGAAUAAACCUGAAUGGAGCAUUAUUAUUUAAUUGUAAAUGGAAAGACUUAAGAAUCCAUGAAUUGAAUAAAUUAAAUGGUCAUACUAAUCCUGUAGCUUCAGUUUGUUUCUCUCCUGAUGGAAAUACAUUAGCUUCUGGUAGUCUAGAUAAGUCGAUCCGUCUUUGGGAUGUCAAAACAGGAUAAUAAAAAGCCAAAUUAGAUGGUCAUACUCAUUAUGUCUGGUCAGUCUGUUUCUCUCCUGAUGGAAACACAUUAGCAUCCUGUGAUGAUUAGACUGUCUUUUUAUGGGAUUCUAAAGCAAGAAAGUAAAAAGUUAAAUUAUUUGAUCCUAAUUAACGAAUCACCUAAGUCAGCAUCUCUCCUGAUGGAGCUACAUUAGCAUUUUGUAGUAUUCUAAAUCCUAUCUGUCUAUGGGAUGUCAAAACAGGAUAAAAAAAAGCAUAAUUAGAUGGUAAUUGUGGAACUGUCAACUCACUCUGUUUCUCUCCUGAUGGAAAUACAUUAGCUUCUGGUAAUGAUUAUCACUCUAUCCAUCUAUGGGAAGUCAUAACAGGAUAAUAAAAAGCCAAAUUAGAUGGUCAUUAGGGAAUUGUCUUCUCAGUCUGUUUCUCUCCUGAUGGAUAUACAUUAGCCUCUGGUAGUAGUGAUAAGUCUAUCCGUCUUUGGGAUGUCAAAACAGGAUAAUAAAAAGCCAAAUUAGAUGGUCAUAGUGAUUUUGUCAAAUCAGUUUGUAUUUCACCUGAUGGAAACACAUUAGCUUCUGGUAGUAUAGAUAAGUCUGUCCGUCUUUGGGAUGUCAAAACAGGAUAAUAAAAAGCCAAAUUAGAUGGUCAUACUCAUUAUGUCUUCUCAGUCUGUUUCUCUCCUGAUGGAUAUACAUUAGCUUCUGGUAGUUAUGAUAACUCUAUCCGUCUUUGGGUUGUCAAAACAGGAUAAUAAAAAGCCGAAUCGGAUGGUCAUAGUGGAAUUGCAAACUCAGUCUGUUUCUCUCCUGAUGGAAAUACAUUAGCCUCUGGUAGUAGUGAUAAGUCCAUCCGUCUUUGGGAUGUCAAAACAGGAUAAUAAAAAGCCAAAUUAGAUGGUCAUACUCAUUAUGUCUUGUCGGUCUGUUUCUCUCCUGAUGGAAACACAUUAGCUUCUGGUAGUUAUGAUCAUUCUAUCCGUCUUUGGGAUGUCAAAACAGGAUAAUAAAAAGCCAAAAUAGAUGGUCAUACUAGUGGUAUCUUAUCAGUCUGUUUCUCUCCUGAUGGAAAUACAUUAGCUUCUGGUAGUCAUUAUAGCUCUAUCCGUCUUUGGGAUGUCAAAACUGGAUAUUAAAAAGCCAAAUUAGAUGGUCAUAGUGGAAGUGCAAACUCAGUCUGUUUCUCUCCUGAUGGAAAUACAUUAGCUUCUGGUAAUGAUGAUAACUCUAUCCGUCUUUGGGAUGUCAAAACAGGAUAAUAAAAAGCCAAAAUAGAUGGUCAUACUAAUGGUAUCUUAUCAGUCUGUUUCUCUCCUGAUGGAAAUACAUUAGCUUCUGGUACUUAUGAUAAGUUUAUAAGUCUAUGGGAUGUCAAAACAGGAUAGUAAAAAGCUAAAUUGAAUGGGCAUACUAAUGGUAUCUUAUCAGUCUGUUUCUCUCCUGAUGGAAAUACAUUAGCUUCUGGUAGUUAUGAUAACUCUAUCCGUCUUUGGGAUGUCAAAACAGGAUAAUAAAAAGCCAAAUUAGAUGGUCAUAGUGGAAGUGCAAACUCAGUCUGUUUCUCUCCUGAUGGAAAUACAUUAGCUUCUGGUAAUGAUGAUAACUCUAUCCGUCUUUGGGAUGUCAAAACAGGAUAAUAAAAAGCCGAAUCGGAUGGUCAUAGUGGAAGUGCAAACUCAGUCUGUUUCUCUCCUGAUGGAAAUACAUUAGCCUUUGGUAGUAGUCAUAAGUCUAUCCGUCUUUGGGAUGUCAAAACAGGAUAAGAAUAUAAAUCCUAUGAUAAAAAUUACAAAGAUCUUUUAAUAUAAUUUAAGAUUCCACUACAAUAAAAUAGUCCUAUAUCAGAAGGUAAUAUUAUUAAUUUUAUCUUUUUAGUCUCCAAUUACAUUACUACACUCUUUAUAUCCUAAUCCACAAUAUACUAAGCAUAAGGAGCUCUAAUUCUCAAAGGAGAAUUCAUCAGUCAUCAUGGCAUUGAUUUAAGACCCUUUUUUAAAUCCAAAGGAAGUUGCAUUUUAGAAGAUUUAUAGUGA